AUGUCAAGAGACCAAUCCCUCGGUUUAGAGGAUUGUCGCGAGACAUACGUGAACUUCCUUUGGGAGAAAAGAUUCAAACAUUUGGCCAAAGUGCCCAAAGAUAUAGAAAAUCAGAUCGAACAACGAAAAACGGCUUUCGAAAGACAUCGUGAACUUCAAGAUAGCGCAAAGCAAUUAGAACCGUCAAAGAAUAAUGUUUUGACUGAAUACAAAGGUCAGGGCUCUGAAAAAAGCGCCGCUUCUUCACUUGUAAGUCAAGUUUACGGCGAAGAUGAUUUGUUUUCCAGUUCUCUUGCAGAACGCCAGAACAGGCGGCUGGCACUACAACCUUCUUGGCAUGCGCCCUGGAAAUUAAUGCGGGUACUGAACGGACACAAUGGCUGGGUUCGUUGUGUAUGCGUAGACCCGGUUGACAACGAGUGGUUUGCCACGGGAAGUAACGAUACCACCGUGAAAGUCUGGGACUUGGCUACUGGAAGGCUCAAACUUACGCUCUCUGGGCAUGUAAUGACUGUUCGGUCCAUUGCUGUAUCCACUAGACAUCCUUUCAUGUUUACUGCUAGCGAAGAUAAACUUGUAAAGUGCUGGGACCUCGAAAAAAACACUGCCAUCAAAGACUUUCACGGCCACUAUUCAGGCGUCAACACGGUCGAUGUACACCCAACACUAGAUUUAAUUGCGAGCGCCGGUAGGGAUGCCGUCGUUCGGCUAUGGGAUAUUCGGACUAGGCAGCCUGUGAUGACUCUGGCCGGCCAUAAGGGUCCUAUCAACCAAGUUAAAUGUUUCCCAGUAGAUCCUCAAAUUGUGAGCUGCUCAACGGAUGCGACGGUGCGAAUGUGGGAUAUAAGAGCCGGCAAAGCGGCUAAGAUCCUAACGCAUCACAGCAAAAAUAUACGAUCCAUUGGUGCUCAUCCCGCCGAAUCCUCGCUGGCGACUUGCUCUACGAACGACGUCAGAUCAUGGCGGUGCCAUGACGGUCAGCUUCUAACCAAUUUUCAAUCAGAUGAUCUAGGGAUUAUCAACUGCUUGACAGUCAAUCAAGACGGCAUUCUUUUUGCCGGUACAGACGACGGCAGACUAUCAUUCUUUGACUACAAAACCGGUCACAAGUAUCAAGAUAUGCCGACUACCAAAAUUCCUGGUUCUUUAGAUAGCGAGCGGGGCAUCUUGAGUGCUUCAUUCGACCAGACCGGUUUGAGAUUAAUUACAGGUGAAAGUGACAAGAGUAUCAAGAUAUGGAGGCAGGUCGACGAGGCCUCUCCAGAAACUCAUCCUGGGCUGUCCUGGAACCCUAAUAUUAAUUCACAGAGAUUCUGA